UUUUUUUGCGCCCCCGACUCUUGAAUCUGCGCUCAGAUUAUGGAGGAAACCGAUCUGGUAAGUACGUCUCUUUGACUUAUCCAAUUCCAGUUUGCGUAGCUUUGGGUAGCCAUGAUGCAUUAUCGCAGACGUCAGUACGACAAAUGCUCGGCUGCAUGCACUGAGCUCUUGCAGAUUCAGCCAAGAGACCAAGCGGCUGUAUUUUUCAAGUGCCGUUCAUUGAGCGCCCGAAACUGGACUGACGACACGGAACUAGAGGAUGAAGGCCUUGCGGAUCUAAUGCUUGAUGACAACGCAGUGGAUUCAAUGCCAAGGCCUGGAACAUCCGUAAUGCGCCCUGCCACUGCAGCUACGGUAAACGCCGCAGAUCAGUGUGUUCGGCCCGUUUCAACCUUUGGACGCCCUUUGACUGGUUUCGCCAAGCCGGGCUCUGCUUGCCGUCCUAUAACGGGACAGACUGGGGUCUUGCUUGCACUUCGCAAUACAGCAACAGCAACCGGCCAAGGACGCCCUGUAACCACUUUAGGUCGCGAGGUCAGACUUGGAACUGCAUCAGUAGCGGCUCAGCCAGGGGGGGGCUUCUUAAACAUUGAACGACUGGAGUUUACCCGACUGGUGCGCAGGACAGCGAUGGCAAAAGCCAUAUGUGAUUACCUCAUCUAUCACGAGCGCAAUGUGACGCGCGCGCUAGAGUUAUGUGCAGAAGCCACAAAGGAAGCCUGUUUCAAAGAUUGGUGGUGGAAAUGUCGGCUUGCGAAGUGUUACUAUCGCCUUGGCCUAUACAGAGAUUCAGAACGCCAACUCUUGUCCUCGUUGCGUGACCAAAACAUGACAACGACGGUACUUGAGUUAGCAAAGGUCUACCUGCGCCUCGAUCAGCCUAAUACUGCUCUGAAAGCGUUGCAGAAGGCCGUGGAAGAAGCCCCAACAGAGCCUCGCCUACAGUUGGGCAUUGCAAGAAUUCAUGAGAUGAUGUACGCUUUGGGGCCCAGUGUUGUUUUUUAUCAACGAGUUUUGAUGCUAGAUGCAUCGAAUGUAGAAGGGCUGGCCUGUCUUGCAGCAAACUACUUUUAUUCCCACCAGCCGGAAUUGAGUCUUCGUUAUUAUCGCCGCCUUCUUCAAAUGGGUGUUUCUGGUCCCGAGAUAUGGAACAAUCUCGGUCUUUGCUGCUUUUACUCUUCGCAAUUUGAUUUGGCUCUUGGAUGUUUUGAUCGAGCGCUUCAACUUGCUGACGAUUCUGCAGAUGUUUGGUAUAAUAUCGGGCACGUAGGCAUCGGUAUUGGCGACAUUGACAUGGCUUACCAAUCUUUCAAAAUAUCGCUUUCUCUAGAUAGAGGACACGCCGAAAGUCUGUGUAAUCUUGGUAUUCUUGAGCUACAAAAGAGCAGAAUUGAAUCAGCACAAGCUAUCUUUCUCAAUGCGCAGGAGACUGCCCCUCACCUUUUUCAGCCUUAUUUUAAUGGAGCAUUGCUCGCAUACAAACUCGGAAAUUUCCAGGGUGCUUUCGCAAUGGUGUCAAAAGCACUUGAAAUAAAUCAAGGGCACAAUAGUUCGGCUGAAUUACAGAAAAUUCUUGCAAGACACUUUCAAGUUCUUUGA